ACCGCCGAGCCUCUUCUUCUUCCCUUCAGCCAUUUUGAUCAGUGUCGCGGAGAGAAACUGUCUGGAAAAGGUGUGAUCCCGGUGGAGAUGUGGGACCAGGGAGGACAGCCGUGGCCGCAGUGGCCCCUGAGCCAGCAGCAGUGGAUGCAGUCUUUCCAGCACCAGCACGACCCAGGUCAAGUGGACUGGGCUGCUCUGGCACAGGCUUGGAUAGCCCAGAAGGAGUCGACGGGGCCCCAGCAGCCCAAUGUUCAGCCCAGCAUCCCGCCAAGCAUCCAACCCAGCAUCCAACCCAGCAUCCAACCCAGCAUCCAGCCCAGUAUCCAGCCCAGCAUCCCGCCCAGUAUCCAGCCGAGCAUCCCGCCCAGCAUCCCCCCCAGCAUCCCGCCCAGCAUCCAGCCUAAUGGCCAGGAAAUCCCAGGCAUCGAGCCUGUUGGGCCGAGUAAUCACGGAUCCUUCCAGGGGGACCCAGCGUUUGGCAGAAUGUGGCAGCCAGAGUGGGGAAUGCAUGGUCAGCCCCCUCCUCCUCCUCCACCCCCUGACCAGGCCUGGAUCCCUCCAGGGUCAGGACCAAUGGAUGUGGUGAACCCCAGCGAGGACAGCAACAGCCAGGACAGCGCGGAGUUCAACUCUGAAUCCCACGGGGUUUAUCCCCAGAACAGCCAUGGGUAUGGGGCACAGCCCGACAGCUACGCCAUGGCCCCCAUGGCCAUGAACCAGUUUGAUUAUCAGCAUGGAGCUGCCUCAUCCUUCGCCCCCACUGCCACAGGAUUUCACUCCCCGUACUGGCAGGGUCCUCCACAGAACAGAAGAGAUGCUCGCCCGCCGGGGUUCAGGGACCGGCCCAGAUCCCCCAUCCAGCUUCCUGUCAAGCCCGAGGCUCCAGCAACGCUGGAUGCAGUAAAAAGACGCACUCUGCCCGCCUGGAUCAGAGAGGGUCUGGAAAAGAUGGAUCGGGAGAAGCAGAAGAAGCUGGAGCAGGAACGAAUGGCAAAGGAGCGUGCAGAAAUGUCAAUAGACAAUGGCAAAGAGCAGGAGCCCGAUGAAGAAGGGGAUGGGCCACGUGUGCCCCGCAAGAGUAAAUUUGACAGUGACGAUGAGGGAAACGAUGACAUUGACACCGAAGAGAUAUCCAUCAAAAGAGAAUUUACCGUCCAGUCCCCAUCGCCGCCUGCAGAAGACAGCGAGCCUGAAAUGACUGAGGAGUUGAAGGAAGAGCUGCUGAUGGUGAUCACAAAAACUCUUCUGACAGAGAUCCUUCUCACAGUCACCAAUGAAGAAAUCCUGAAUGUGGCCAGAGAGACUCACAGGAAAGCCACUCGAGCUCCUGCAAAACAGCUGGCACAGUCAAGUGCACUGGCUUCUCUGACUGGUCUCAGCGGGCUUGGUGACUAUGGUUCAGAUGAAAGCGAGGAAGAGGACGGCCGCAGCGCCCGAGGUUCUGAAUCCUCCGACACAGAUGAGGAAGAGCUGCGCCACCGCAUCCGUGAGAAGCAGGAUGCCUUCCGCCGCAAAGAGCGAGAGAUCCAACUGCUUCAAGAAAAACAAGCACAUGAAGCUCUGCUUGCACGUGAAGAAAUGGCGAAGGAGAGAUUGAGCAGAGAAAAGGUGGACUAUGAUGAGGAUCAGUUAGAAACUCCACACAAACAGGAAGUGAAGGACAAGGAGCCCGAGCCGUCGGUAGACAGGCGUAGGUCCCGCAGUGAGAGGGAGAGCAGUGAGACCAAGCAGUCAGGGAGAGCCAAGGAGCGGUCAGGCCGAGCUGCUAGCGAUUCCCCCACCAACAACCGCAGCAGCAGCUCCUCCUCCACCUCCAGCCACAGCAGCUCCCACUCAUCCUCAUCCUCAUCCUCUUCCUCACCCUCCUCGCGUAGCUCCUCCCGCUCUUCUUCUCCCAGAAGGAAAAGAAGGCGUAGCCGCUCUUCGUCCCACAAGGCCCGCCGGCGAAGCCGCAGCCACAGCUCUCACCGGCACCGUAGUGAGAAGGACAGGGAAAGGAGGAGGAGCAGUGCGGAGCGAUCGGGCCGCUACAAGAAAGAGCGCAGUGUUUCCCGCGAGCGUAGGAGUCGCAGGAGUAGAUCCAGGUCCAGAGAUAGAGGCAGGGCCAGAGCCAGAGACAGCCGCAGUCGCAGCCGAGACAGAGCGAGGGAGAAAGAGAGGAAAAGGAGCCGCGAGCGCAGGGAGAGCAGCCCCAGUCGUAGCAGCAAACACAAACAAAAAGCCUCCAGCAGGGAUAGGGAGAGGAGGAGAGACAGGAGUCGGAGCUUAGACAAAGACAAGAAGAAGAAAGACAAGGAUAAGGAUCGUGAAAAAGAUGCCGAUAGAAAGAAAGAAAAGCCCAAGGCUAAAGAGAAGGAGAGGGAAAAGGGAAGCUCUGUUGGCACAGAGGAAAAUGGCAAAUCCAAGAAAAGGAAAACGAGUGACUCGUGUACCGAAUCCCAGAGUGACAGGCGCUCUCGACAAGAUAGUAAAUCUAGCAAGAAGAGCUCCAGUAAAACGAGCAAGAAGCGCUCAGACUCUGACUCUAGUAGAUCCCCCACCCCCGAGGUUAGCAAGGAAAAAAAAUCUAAGAAAUCCAAACGUAGUCGCUCAAGGUCGACGGAAAAAUCUCACAAGUCUGGUAAGAAGGCAAGCCGCAAACACAAGUCUAAGUCGCGAUCAAGGUCAGCGUCCCCCUCCCACCGUAGCAGACGCUGAGGAGCACAGUUGACAUCUGGAUCUGUGCGCUUUAACCAUUUUAAAUUCCAUGAGUUGAGCAGGCUUGUCUCAUUAUAGAGGCAGUUGUGUAGGUGAACACCCCCCUCAUCCAUCUCUCUUCUUGUAAAUAUGUUUUUAUUUUUCAAAGUGUGACUGAAGAACAAGACAUUUUGAAUGGUAGGAGUUUUCAUUAUACAAAGUUUAAUCGGACACUAAAAACUGAAGUUGUAUCAUUUUAAAACGUGACAGGAUUACCCUCCCACCAGACACUCAUUGUUGUAAGAUAUCUAAUAAAACUGUUUGUUCAUUGA